GCCCUUUAUAGCCUGGGCCUCGCUGUACCCACCCACCGCUAUUCCAUACCUCAGUCGUCAACUUGGCGUCUUCUUCUUUCAUUCCUUUUGUCGAACACUUACCAGGCACACACACUCUCUCUCGCCGCCCCAUUCGCCUUCUGUCUCUCUGGGAGUGGUGGUCUAGGGUUUGGUUUGUCUUUGGUGGGUGUUAAUUAACUUAUUUAUAGCCCUGAAUAUUGUUCCCUUUCUCUUUGCGGACCUGUAGAAGACAGUGAGUUAUGGUGAGGAAACAUGGAUGGCAAUUGCCGGCUCACACCUUCCAGGUUGUUGCAGUUACUGUAUUUUGCCUGUUGGUUGUAGCAUUCUAUGCUUUCUUUGCACCUUUCCUUGGAGUCCACAUUUUGGAGUAUGCCUCGAUUGCUGUUUACUCGCCACUGGCUCUUCUUGUUUUCAUUCUUUAUGUGCGGGCUACUGCAAUUAAUCCUGCAGAUCCUGGCAUUAUGUCUAAAUUUGACUAUGACUUGAUGAACAAACAUAAUUCAAAUCUUGAGUUAUCAGCCAAGUCCAGAAAAUUUGAUGAACUUGGCAUGGCAAUACAUUCUUCUCCAUCAUCAACUUCUAGAAGUUCCUUGGGAGGAGUAAACUUCAGUAGACAAGGUCCUGUAGGAGAAGUAAGACGAACAGAGAUGCAGGUGGAAGCCCCUGGCAGAAGACCAUCAUGCCAUAGUGUUGGCGGAGUUCUGUGCGCAGUUUUUGUACUUGAAGAUUGCCACAAACAGGAUAGUUUAGCUGAUCAACAAGACACAGGUGAAGAUGCACUAUACUGCACAUUGUGUGAGGCUGAGGUCCGCAAGUUUAGCAAACACUGUAGAAGUUGUGAUAAAUGUGUGGAUGGGUUUGAUCACCAUUGUCGGUGGCUCAACAACUGUGUAGGGAGAAAAAACUAUAUGACUUUCAUUUCUCUUAUGGCCAUCAGCCUUGCUUGGCUUCUUGUUGAGGUUGGGGUUGGCAUUGCUGUUCUAGUGCGUUGCUUUGUUAAUAAGAAAAGCAUGGAGGCUGAGAUAGUUGGUAGACUGGGGAAUGGUUUCUCUCGUGCUCCCUUUGCAACAGUUGUGGCUGUUUGUACAGCAGUUUCAUUGCUGGCAUGUGUACCCCUGGGUGAACUUUUCUUUUUCCAUAUGAUACUAAUUAGAAAGGGUAUUACAACCUAUGAAUAUGUUGUUGCCAUGAGAGCCAUGAGUGAGGCCCCUGCAGGAGCAUCAGGAGAUGAACUAGCAAAUGCGUUGGCGUUAUAUAGCCCAACAGGGUCUGCUACGACAGGCUUCAGUGGUGGAAGUUCUCUGGGCCUGCAAUACAAGGGAGCAUGGUGCACCCCUCCUAGGGUGUUUGUUGAUUAUCAGGAAGAAGUUGUACCUCACUUGGAACCUGGAAUGGUACCAUCAACAGUUGAUCCAGAUGCAGCAGGGAAUAGGUUACCAAGAAAGCCUGUUCGGAUAAGUGCCUGGAAGCUUGCAAAGUUGGACUCAAAUGAGGCCGUGAGAGCUGCAGAAAAAGCCAGGGCAUCCUCAUCUGUGCUGCGGCCUGUUGAUAAUCGUCAUACUCCAGAUGCUGAAAUGAGCUCCAGUAGCAACAUGAGUGUCAGAAGUAGUGUGAGCACUGACAUGGGAGGAAUCAAAGACACCAAAAACGAAAUGAGACCAUCUCCUUUGAGAAACUCUUUCGUUCCUAGUCAAGGUAGCAGGGAUGAAUAUGAAACUGGCACUCAAAGCAUUAGUAGCUUCAGCAGCCCAAGUCAUAUUCACGAGUCUGUUACGCUAAGUCCCCUUCCUCAGGCUUAUGAUGUAAGCCAUCUCGGCGCAGGUAAUUCAAAGCCUGGCCCUGUCCAAGAUCGGCUUCCAACUUCACGGGCAGCUUUAGCUGGCAUCAAUAAGCCAAUCAUCUCGAAUACUUCUGUUGGAUUUAGUCAAAAGGUCAUGCAAAGGGUUGGCCGUGCAAGUGAUCCAUUAUUGGCCUCAGGUUCAGCACCAGCUCCAGCACCGGCACCAGCAGCCAUUAAUCUCCUGAGAGAGGUGAAAAGGACAUCUGUUAUUUGGGACCAAGAAGUUGGAAGAUAUGUUUCGGUCCCUGUCUCAGCUUCAGAAGCGCGGGCCAGACCCUCGUUCCAGAGAGGAUCAAACCAUAAUGUAGAAUUAGGUAAUUCUGAAGGAAGGCCUGUGGCGAUGCCUCGAGAAUCCUCCUUAUCUGUCAUAAAGCCUCCAUUAGAGCAGUCGGAGAAGCUGACAUACACAGGGGAGUCUAUUUUCUUUGGUGGCCCACUGCUGACAGUUCCAGUUAGGCACGGAUUGAGAAGUGAGACCUCGGCUCUGACACAGGGACACGAUAGGGCGGCCAUGAACCUCGCUCGGGAUUCCAGAUACAAAAGGGAUCCAACCUCGAACCAGCUUCCUGUAUUUAUACCUGGGGAUUUCAAAUAGGACCCCUGACUGGAAGAGGUUCCUGAAGCAAUUCAGGACACAAACAGGUAAAUUUUCAUCCAGCAGGUCGAUGAUGGUGAGUCUCUAGAAGCCGAAGAAACCUCCCUUGGAACCUUGCAAACGUAAACUGCUAUUGUCUAACACUAAAUUGCCCGGUUCUAGUGGUUUCUUCUGCCCUAAUUUUGUAUCUUAUAACAUGUUAAUACUAUAGAUUGACUCAUUGGUUAACUAGAAUGAAGACACUCCCUAGAAUGCCUUCCCUACCACUGUACUGAAGGCUUCUUCUUGGGUUCUUUAAGCCCUGCUGUAUGAUUUGAUUGAACUUCAUUCAAAGUUCAAAAGAUUACUUUUCCUCGUA